AUGACGAUAACAGCCCUGGUGAAAUCAUCUGCUCGAGAGGUCUGCUUGUUUUUUUUUUUACUAAGUCAUUCGGUUUUCAGAGGUAACAUAACAAUGGCAGUUCCAGUAGCUGCAUUACAACUGAGCACACCAUCCAGCCCGGGUCUGCUGGAGCACAACAUUCACAUCAGCGACACAGAUUUGGGAAGGAUUUCAAGUGACAAUGAAAACGACACUCUGCCUUUACAUUCUCCGUGGACUUUCUGGCUUGAUAGAUCUCUACCAGGAACAACAGCUGCUGAAUGUGAGUCAAACUUGAAGAAAAUCUACACUGUGGAGACUGUCCAGAACUUUUGGAGAGUUUAUAACAACAUACCAGGUGUCUCCAGCUUACCACUGAGAUGUAGCUAUCAUCUGAUGAGAGGAGAGAGGAAGCCACUCUGGGAAGAAGAAAGCAAUGCUAAAGGUGGUGUCUGGAAAAUGAAAAUACCCAAAGAGUGCACUUCUGCUGUAUGGAAGGAACUGCUAUUGGCUACUAUUGGGGAACAGUUCAGUGAUUAUUGUGCCUCAGAUGAUGAAGUAGUUGGUGUCAGUGUCAGUGUAAGAGACAGAGAGGAUGUCGUCCAGGUCUGGAAUGGAAAUGCUUCUUGUGCCAAUGAGUCCAACAUCUUAGGAAGGAUUUAUGAGCUUCUUCCACAAAUACCUUUUAAAGCAGUGUUUUACAAACCACAUGAGGAGCACCAUGCUUUCGAAGGAGGUCGAUCAAGACAUUAGCACAUUUUGCACAUCAGAGCCCUUGAGAUAUACAACAUUUUUCUUUGCUUAUGAACGUGUUUUCGGACCAUAAUAUUUGGGCAAAUUUUGAAGCAGUUGAGUUCACUGUUGCUUAAUGUAUCAUCUUAAUUACCUCAAAAUGUAGCCCAUGUAUUAUGAAACUAAGUCGAUGGAAUCUCCCAUCUUCUGAGCACUACUGUCAUUCAUAACAAUAUCCAAAAUACUUUUCAGCCAACAGCAAAAACAAUUUUAGUUUCAUUUUAUCUAUGGCAGUGUUUGUAUGUUUUUUAUACUGCAGAGUUUUGCAAAAAACCUCAACUAAAAGAGCCGAUCAUGUACAGUCAGAUUUUUUUAGAUGUAUUAUAGCAUAUUUUGUGCAGUUUCCUGAGCACAGACAAAGGCGGGUCUUUGACUUCUCAUUUUUGGAUCUAAGAGGAGGCCUAGCUCCACAAAGUAAACCUUUAUCUUAAUACAUUACAAGGCUUUUCUAGUCAGCUCUUUUCUCUGUUUUGUAAGUUACAGCCAAAAUACUGUUGCCUAUACUAGAGAACGUAGAUAGUUAGUAUGCUGUAAUGCUAAUAUAUGAACAGAAAAUUGCACAUUCUUUUUUAUUUUCCUCUUUUAGGAUAUGAGUGAAUUAUGAAAGGAUUAUGUUCUUGUUACAAUAAAAUGACCUCAGUACACAAAACAUCAUGAGUAGAUGCUGAGAAAUAUAUGCAAUCAUUUCUAUUCUGUAAAGGCUGUGGUAAAUUUUCAGUGUUGUUGUUGUCCUAAAUCAAGCACUUUGUUUCUUACUGUACAUGUGAAACAUCAGAUUGUCCCUCCAGGAUUACAUGGAGUUGUGAUUACUGAGACCAAACACACUUUGGCUUUGUGUCACCUUUUCUGAUGGAAGUGUAAAGCUUUUAAUACCAACUGAGAAAUGUGGGUGACAAAGUUGAAAUUACAUGUUUUUAUGUUUUCAUAUGACCUGUGUUAAAAUAAAUUUGUGAAACCUACCCUUUGUAAAGCAGAUAAUAUUGGCCCUGGGAAAACACAUGAGACACAGAAAUCAGUCACAGGAGCACCACUGAAUAUAAAAAUGCUCUUGCUCUUUUGGGGCUAUUUUAAUGAAGUUGUACAAAUCACUGGUGUUUGCUUAAGUGAUGCAAUCAGUGCAGCAGAGUCAAAUCUGGAUUAAAUAAGUUAAUCAGAGAUGGUUUGCUACUGCUACACCAAAACCACUUUAGUGUCUCUCAAAUCCAUAGCUUUAAUUUUUUUCUGUGGUCUUAUAUGUGAUAGGUUGUGUUUUUAUUACUGAAAUUUAGGACAUUGAACCAUCAUACAUCUCACCAAAGGCGCCUUUCCCAUGUGUUCGGGUGUGAGACGGUGUAUUAGUGAGUGAGUGAGAUUGUCAAUUCCAUGCUACAUAGAGCAGAGCAGAUUUUCUUGAGUAAUCUCUACAGAGCUAUGGAGUAUGCAUUGAAAUCCACAAAGAAUGCUGCUAUGACUCAUCAAUCAAAUCACAUAUUUAAGUGUUGAUAUAAUGCUGGUGUGUCUGCUAAAGUCAAGAAUAGUUUUCGAGCCACUGACUUGGCCAUGCUUGCUUUAUCUUCCUUGUAUUGUUCUGUUUUUUUUUAAUGUUAUGAUUUUAAAAGCACAUACUGUACUGUUAUAUAAGAGAAAAACAAUGCCCCCUGCACAUAUACAGUUGACCACUCACUUCAGAUCUCAGACCUUGUAACUGAUUGUUGAUCUUGGAUGGUGCCUUGUGUUUACCAGCAGUUCAGAAUGUUACAGUCAUCUGUGUUCAGCAUGUUGGACUUGUAUCUAGUCGUGUUUCUCUGUUAGUUUUACAUGUGUUUGAAAAAUAAAGUCACCUAAACUUCUA